AUGCAUAAGAAUGUCAUUGCUCGAAACGGAGAAGACAGGCUACCAUGUACCUUUUACAACAAGAUAGGUGCUUGUAGACACGGAGAAAAGUGUUCCAGAAAACAUAUACGGCCUUUGACUUCAUUUACGAUACUCUUGCCCAAUCUUUACCAGAAUCCCAAGUUGAACAAGAACGAAGGAGAAGAGUUGAAUCCCAAACAGCUUCAGCAGAACUUUGAUCAAUUUUUCAAAGAUAUCUUUGUCAAGUUUGCGACUUUGGGCGAGAUAAAAGAGCUCGUGGUUUGUGAAAAUGAGAAUAACCAUCUUAAUGGAAACGUAUAUGUUCGAUUCAAGACUAAACAAGAAGCUGCUGAGGCUACAUUAUUGCUUAACCAGGAAUGGUUUAAUGCCAGACCAGUACAUUGUGAAUUGUCACCCGUAUCUAGCUUUCCGGAAGCUAACUGUAGAGCUUAUGAAACGUCACUGUGCACAAGGGGAGACCAUUGUAACUUUAUGCAUGUGCGACAUCCUACCCAGCUGUUGGUAGAGAGUCUUUUUCAAUCGCAAACCAAA